AUGGCAACUGAGUCCAGAGCAGUGCGCAUCGUCAUGGCAACUGCGGUCAGAGUGAUGAAGCUUCUAAACGAGGCUGUGUUCAGAAUGCCAGUUGAUCUAGACGAGUACUACAUGGAAACUAUCCAAAGUUCAGUUCAUCCUAAAGCAUUGAGAGCAGUGUUGAUUGGAAGGCAACACUGUGGGAAAACAUCGGUGAUCAACACUAUAUUGGAAACCAGUGAAACAGAAGCUGAAGGAGAUGAACAUGUGAAGAGAGAGGGAUUUAUUGACGGCAGGAGAGUCAGUCUGGUGGAAACUUCUGGCUGGUGGAAAACCUUCAAUCUGAAUGAUUUAUCCAACAUCUCCAAACAGCAGCUGGUCCGCAGGAUUUCCAUGAUUUCACCCGGACCUCACGCCGCUCUGAUCGUAAUUCGGGCAGAUUCAGCCUUUACCGACCCUGAUGGGAGGUUUCUGGAGGAGUAUGUGGAGCUGCUGGGUCUGAAUGUCUGGACUCACACCCUCGUCAUCUUCACAAGAGGAGAUUUAAUCAAACAUGAAGACAUAGAGCAGCGUAUUCGGGAAGAGGGGUCGGCGCUCAAACAGCUUAUUGAAAAAUGUGAACUUAAAUAUCACAUUUUGAAUAACUCAAACCAUCACGACCGAACUCAGGUCAAAGAGCUGUUCAAGAAAAUCGAAGGAAUUGUCCAGAGGAGUAACGGCAGGCACUUUAACAUUGACCUUGAAAAAGUAAAGGAAGUCAAUGAGCAGUGGGAGGAAAUUAAGACCAGAGCGAGUUCUAGAAAAUCCAGAGUACAGAAGGAACGGUCAAAAGUUCAAGAAAACGCGUAUGUGCGUCGUCUUGAGGAGAUCAGAGUUGUUUUGCUGGGAUGGGUUCUUGCAGGAAAGAGUUCAGCUGGAAACACCAUCUUGAACCGGGAUGAAUUUGCCGUAGGAGGAAAAACCGGAGAGGGUACGAGAGGGUUUGGAGAUGUAGAUGGAAGGAAGAUGACCGUUUUGGACACUCCAGGCUGGUGGAAGUACUUCGGAUCUGAACUCAACCCAGAUUUUAUUAGAUCUGCGAUCUUAGGAAGCGUUUCAGAGUGUAAGAAGUUCCCUCAUGCCAUGCUGCUCGUGAUUCCAGCAGACACAUCAUUUCAAGAAGAACAAAAGAGGAUCGCUGAGCAAAAUAUGUCUAUCCUGGGAGACGACGUCUGGAGACACACUAUAGUUUUGUUCACGUGGGGCGACAGAUUUAAAGACAUCUCAAUCGAGCAGCACAUUGAGAGUGAAGGUGAAGCUCUUCAGUGGCUGAUUGAGAAAUGCAGGAACAGAUAUCACGUCUUUGACAACACAGACAAGAAGAAUCGAGAUCAAGUCUCAGGGCUGCUGCAGAAGAUUGAUGAGAUGGCGGCAGAAAACAGUCUGUUUCGCCUUAACACAAGGAAAAACUGUGAUGAGAAAAGCUGUCAGAAAACUGACAAACAAGGGGAUCUGAAUAUGGAGAUCAGACUGAAGGAUGUCUGUCACUUUCUAGAUGAGGGGUUUAAGAGAAAAGCUGAAGAGAUAAGAAGGAAGAUAGAAAAGUUAUGCAUGGAUAUCAUGGAAGAAUGUCUAAACCGUGAUGAAUGUAGCAGUAUGAGUAAUCCUCUGAACUUUCAGAAUAAACCUCCUCAUUCCCUAAAAGAAGUGAUUAUUCCACCUCAAAAGGACAACAUUCCUGAGCCGAUUAAAGCACUUCUGCAGAGAGAGUUCAGCAGAUGGGAAAGUAUAAUCAUAGAUGGUGUUCAGGAAAGCUUGCAAGACAUUAAAUCAUCAUUCGAGCUCACUCAGGCUGAGAAGAGACGAAUGUCAGAGCAUGCUGUUGAGAGAUGGUUACAAAAUUACAACCAUUAUGUUCAACAUACUAUUGAUAAAAUACAAGAUCCAGGAUCUGGGAUCAGGACAAAGAGACUGAAAAAACGAUGA